AUGGAGUCCGAUGGACGUGCUAGGACUUGCAGCACCAGCGAUGAGGAAAAGGUUAUCGCUUCUGCGCCAAUCAGCUCUGCCCUCCCAGACGACCCUGAUGCCAACCUCUCAGACGCAGAGCGCAAAGCUAUCGACCGAAAACUUGUCUGGAAGCUAGACUUGUAUUUGAUGCCUUGGCUCUGUGUCCUUUACCUCCUAGCCUUUUUGGACAGAACGAACAUUGGCAAUGCGAAGAUCGAUGGCCUGCAGAAGGACUUGAAUAACAUGUCAACUGGACGGUACAAUUUAUCUCUUUCCGUGUUCUUCAUCUCCUACUCGGUUUUCGAGCCAUUGACAAACGUUCUCUUGAAACGCCUCAAGCCAUCAAUCUUCAUUCCAAUUAUCAUGACUAUCUGGGGUGUCGCCAUGUUGUCAAUGGGUUAUGUUAAAAAUUGGUCUGGCUUGAUGGCUGCUCGUUGGUUUCUGGGAAUGGCUGAAUCUGGUCUAUACCCUGGUGUAAACUACUUCCUCUCAUGCUGGUACAAGCGAGAUGAGUUUGGUGUUCGUGCAGCAAUUUUCUUUUCCGCCGCCGCUUUUGCCGGGUCCUUCGGAGGUCUCCUUGCUGCCGCAAUUACCAAACUGGAUGGUCUAGGAGGACGACCGGGCUGGGCAUGGAUCUUCAUCAUUGAAGGUGCUGUCACAAUCGGCUUCGGUCUUUUAUCAUUUUAUUUUGUUCAUGACUUCCCUGAUACCGCUACCUUCCUUUCGGGGCAAGAUCGUGCCCGAGUUGUUCGCAGACUCAAGUUCGACAACCAAUCUAGUGCUGAGCACGAGGAAUUCAGGAUGGAAUACUUCUGGGCUGCCAUCAAGGAUUAUAAGAUGUGGCUCGGCAUGGGAAUUUAUGGUUCAGUAGCCAUGGCCCUGUAUUCCUUCUCUCUAUUCUUACCAACCAUUGUAGCUGAGAUGGGCUACAAGACAACUCGCGCACAAUUACUCUCCGUACCCCCGUAUGCCUUCGCUGCAUUCUCUACAAUUAUCUUUGGCCUCGCGGCCGAUCGUACCAAGCGCCGCGGAAUCUUCAACAUUUGUAUCUCAAUUUUCGGUAUUGUCGGAUUUGCCAUGCUACUUGGAUCGCAAAGCCCUCACGUCAAGUAUGCAGGUAUUUUCUUGGGUGCUCUCGGUAUCUAUCCAUGUAUCUCCAACACUAUUUCAUGGGUUAGCAACAAUGCUGAGGGCGUCUACAAGCGUGGUAUCGUUCUUGGAUUCGUCAUUGGAUGGGGAAAUCUUAAUGGUAUCGUCAGCAGUAACAUCUACUUCAAGGCACCAAAAUUUACGGUCGGCCAUGCAACCGUCAUGGCUUAUAUGAUUGUCUUUCUAUUCGGUGGAAGUGUUGCGAUGCACUUGUUGUUACGCAGGGAAAAUGCAGCUAGAUUGGCUGGAAAGAGAGACCAUCUGGUUGUAGGAUUGUCGGAGAAGGAAGUCGAGAUGUUGGGUGACAAUCGUCCUGACUUCUUGUACAUCAUCUAA